AUGAUGGACGGCCACCACUUCAACAACAUCUCCCUCGGAGGCCGCGGCGGCGGCAACCCUGGGCAGUUCAAACUUUAUUCAGGAGGACUGGCGUGGAAGAAGCAAGGGGGAGGAAAGAUCAUCGAGGUUGAUAAAGCUGAUAUCACAUCUGUGACAUGGAUGAGAAUUCCUAAAUCUUAUCAGCUUAGUGUUGGGACAAAGGAGGGCCUCUGUUACAGGUUCUUUGGCUUCCGUGAACAGGAUGUUAGUAGCCUGACUAACUACAUUCAAAAGAGCACAGGAAUCACACCACAGGAGAAGCAGCUUUCCAUCAGUGGGCAGAACUGGGGUGGAAUUGAAAUAAAUGGGAAUGUGCUUUGCUUUAAUGUCGGUUCAAAGGAAGCAUUUGAAGUCUCUCUAGCGGAUGUUUCACUAAGUCAGAUGCAAGGAAAAACAGAUGUUGUCCUUGAGUUCCAUGUAGAUGAUACAACUGGGGCUAAUGAGAAAGAUUCACUCAUGGAUUUAAGUUUCCAUGUACCAACUUCAAAUACUCAAUUCAUUGGAGAUGAGCAUCGUACGUCAGCUCAGAUGCUAUGGCAAGCUAUCUCGGUUCAAAUUGACGGAGGUGGCUCCUCAGAGGCGGCUGUUGCUACAUUUGAUGGAAUUGCAAUUCUUACACCAAGAGGUCGAUAUAGUGUCGAGCUUCAUCAGUCAUUCUUGCGACUCCAAGGACAAGCUAAUGAUUUCAAAAUACAGUACAGCAGUAUUCUUCGUCUCUUUGUUUUACCAAAGUCACACAACCCUCAUACUUUCGUGGUUAUCACACUUGAUCCACCUAUUCGCAAAGGACAAACAUUAUAUCCUCACAUCGUUAUUCAGUUCGAGACAGAGACAAUUGUUGAAAGGGAACUGACAUUAAGUGAGGAGGUUUUGGCUGAAAAGUACAAGGAUAGACUUCAGAGCUCUUAUAGGGGUCUAAUACAUGAGGUAUUCUCCAUGGUCCUUCGUGGCUUAUCUGGUGCUAAAGUGACAAGGCCAAGUACGUUCCGCAGUUGCCAAGAUGGAUAUGCUGUCAAGUCAUCACUUAAAGCUGAAGAUGGUUUGCUUUAUCCACUUGAAAAGGCCUUCUUCUUUCUGCCAAAGCCCCCUACACUCAUUUCUCAUGAUGAGAUUGAGUACGUUGAGUUUGAGCGUCAUGGUGCUGGUGGUGCUAGUAUAUCAUCUCAUUAUUUUGACCUCCUAGUAAAGCUUAAAAACGAUCAAGAACAUCUCUUCAGAAACAUCCAAAGGAAUGAAUACCAUAACCUGUUCAAUUUCAUCAGCGGUAAGCACUUGAAAAUUCUAAAUCUUGGAGAUGGUCAAGGUAGAGCUGGUGGUGUUACUGCUGUUCUUCAGAGCACCGAUGAUGAUUCAGUUGAUCCACAUCUAGAGAGGAUUAAAAAUCAGGCUGGUAAUGAGGAAAGUGAUGAAGAGGAUGAAGAUUUUGUGGCGGAGAAGGAUGAUAGUGGAUCUCCUACUGAUGAUUCUGAUGAGGAUGGCUCUGAUGCUAGUUUGAGCGGGGAAGAAAAGGAGAAAUCUUCCAAGAAGGAAGCUAGUACAUCAAAGCCACCUGUGAAGAAGAAGCAGAAGAGUGUGCCUGAUGAAGGUUCUCAGAAAAAGAAGCCUAAGAAGAAGAAAGAUCCAAAUGCCCCUAAAAGAGCCAUAGCUCCAUUCAUGUACUUCUCAAAGGCUGAGCGACCUAAUAUUAAGAGCAGCAACCCUGAACUAGCUACUACAGAGAUCGCGAAGAAGCUUGGGGAGCGGUGGCAAAAGAUGUCAGCUGAGGAGAGGCAGCCAUACAUUGAGCAGUCCCAGGUCGACAAGCAACGCUAUGCAGAAGAGUCUGCUGCCUACCGUGGUGCAAGUACUCAGCAGGGCUCCGGAGGUGGGUCGGACUGAAUGUGGCAUCGUUUUGACAGUUAACUGCUGGGGAGGAUUAUUGAGCCAUCAGUGUAAACUGAGCGAUAAAUUUUACCUAGCUUUUGAAUCUUCUAUCCAAUCUGGUAUCUUAGCUAGUGCUACCAUUAAUAUCUGUUGCCUGGAAGUACUAUAGAAUCUAU